UACCCCGAACCAUAAUCCAAACAAAGAGUAAUUCUGCAGAGCUUGAAAAGGUACUUUAAUGGGGAACCCGCCAAGAACCCGCAAAAGGGUCCGUGGAAUCCGUCGUGCUCCUGAUGGAAGUGCCUUCGAGAACUGCAACAAUUGUGGGGUUUUGGUGGCAAUCGCUUUGGCUGAUUUGCAUGAAUGUGAAGCUGGAACCAAAAACAAUGUGAAGAGAUUCAAAGGCUUGGAUGGAAAACAAAACGUUGUCCAACAAAGCUUUCGUGACCAACCCAGAUCGCCUUUCCGUCUCUUCAUGGAAGAUUUCAUGAAGACUGGCAACAUUUGGAACAUAAUUGAUAUUGAUUGUAAAGGGUUCGAGACUUGGAGGAACAUGUCAAAGGAGGAGAGGCAACCAUACAUCACGAGAGCUGAUGAGAUUAACUCGGCUCAUGUUAAAUGUUUGAUUCAAGAUAUUGAUCAUAUGUCAGAGGUAAACGAUGAGGCAGAUUCAGCAAUAGUUGGGAAGUUUGAUCCGUUCUAUGAACACUGCGACAACUCUGACAGCUGUUAUAGUUUUCAGUACAAAGAUUUUGAGAGCUUUAACACAUGGGAAUGGGAAAUGGUGAGAACAUGGAUGGCUAAGAGUUCUCGCUGAAUUUUGAAGAUCAAAUUUAAAGGUUCCCUUGCACUGGACUGAUAUAAUGGAACCACCUAACUGGCAAUGGUGGAAAAUGCGGAGAAUUUUUACCAUUACCUAAUCUUCUAAAAGGCAAGUCGAUUGGUUAUUGUAUAGUAUCGUUAGGAGUUCAGGGCUCUUCUAACCAUUUAGCUGGCAAUUUUCUUUCGGAAUUAAAUUUUUUUACAUUUUGGCAUUUUGUGAAUGUUUAUGUUAACUCGGCAUUUCCAGUGCGUUUAACGUGUUUUGCUCGAGGGUUUUAGCCUCCUGAAUAGAACAUUCGUUGUGAUUGGAAUGGCUGGAAAUUUUUCCUAGAGAAAUUUUGUCGGAUUAUUAGUUGUAUGUUAGCCUGAGUAAUGUUAUCUUUCAACUACUUGUAUUCAAACUCUAUAUCAAUGUCAUAUAAUCAUUGUGAAUGA